UUUUUUAAUGUGAAAUAUAGCUUCAAUUGACUACUAUCCUAGUUUGCUGAUUCCCGAGCUGCUGGAUAGAGGGUCAGCUUCUUUAGGAAGCUUUUGCUCUGUCACAGAGUUAAUGUUUUGGCUGUGUUAGGGAAAGCAACUAUAUGGCAAGCCUUGUUCAGUUGUAAUAUUUCUUACAGUUUACUUCCUUUGAUUUCUUAUCUAGAUAUAAGAGUACCAGCUUUUUAGUUGAUUGCUUUUAUUAGGAUGGAUUGUUAGCACAGUUCUUGCUGGCGCCUUUGUUGGUUCAUUUACUGGGGGAGCUCUGGCUGAUCAAUUUGGUCGAACAAAGACAUUUAUAUUGGAUGCAAUUCCACUUGCAGUUGGUGCGUUUCUAUGUACCACUGCACAGAGUGUUCAGGCUAUGAUCAUUGGUCGCUUACUUACUGGAAUUGGCAUUGGCAUCUCAUCUGCUAUUGUGCCACUUUACAUAUCCGAGAUCUCACCCACGGAAAUUCGCGGCACACUUGGAACUGUCAAUCAGCUAUUCAUUUGCAUUGGAAUUCUUGCUGCAUUAGUGGCUGGAUUGCCUUUGUCUGGAAAUCCUUUGUGGUGGAGAACAAUGUUUGGUAUAUCACUUAUUCCAUCUGUUUUACUUGCACUAGGAAUGGCAUUUUCUCCAGAAAGUCCUCGGUGGCUCUAUCAGCAAGGGAGAAUUUCUGAAGCUGAGACAUCUAUUAAAAGGCUAUAUGGUAAAGAAAGAGUUGCUGAGGUUAUGGUGAUCUGGAAGAUGCUUCUCAGGGUUCUUCAGAACCAGAUGCUGGGUGGCUUGAUCUUUUUAGUAGCCGUUACUGGAAAGUUGUUAGCAUUGGUGCAGCUAUGUUCUUGUUCCAGCAGUUGGCCGGGAUAAAUGCUGUUGUCUAGUAUUCCAAGAAUUAGUAGAUGAAGUUGUUUUAGACCUCUAUAGUUCUAGCUAAAUUUGGAUGGAACUGUUAGUAGCUCCUCUUUUUGAGACUUUGUUGCAAGCCUAUCCUAUCAGUGCUGUUCUCAUGUGAUAACUCCUUGCCUCAAUAAUGUCAAGCAAAGUAUUUUGUACAAA